AUGGAGUACCUUAGGGAUAAGUCCGAAUACUUUGACCUCGACGCCGACUUCAAGCCUUUACCUAAGUAUGGCCAUCUAUCGGAAAAAACACCCGAGUAUAUAGCAGUUGAGUCCGCCAUCGACGCUGCAUAUUCGCCACUUUGGGCGUCACCCGAUUUCGCGGCCUUUAGACAGGCAGCAGGCGACCCGGACGCCGCUCUGCCCCCUGGCGGACCCGAUCGGUAUCGCGAUAUUACGACGGAGCUGCUCCAAUUUCCUGCCCGCGACGGUCACUUAAACGAAUUGAAAGUUUACAAGUCUCACAAUGUUGCGCCAGACGCAACUCUAGUGUAUCGCAUGCACGGCGGUGGUAUGGAACAUCGGACACAACUCCCUUUCCUUAGCUAUACUCUGUUGACCUUCUGCAUUUUAGGCUUUGUGAUCGGACGACAUGAGGUAGACGGUGCCGAAAACGUUUAUGCGGCUACAAAUCCCAACAUUGUUGUAGUUAGUGUAGAUUACCGACUAGCGCCCGAGUUUCCCUUUCCGCGGCCGGUCGAAGAUUGCUACGAUGGAUUAUUAUGGUGUAAAGAGAACGCAGAAAUUCUCGGAGUUAAUCCAGAGAAGAUCAUUGUUGCCGGGAGUAGCGCGGGAGGUAACCUCGCUUCGGUCAUGGCCAUAAUGGCUAGGAAAAAUGGCAUUUCCGGCAUUAUUGCUCAAGUCCUUCACUUUCCCACGGUCUGCCAUCCUAAAUUCUUCCCCCGGGAUAAAUAUGAAUACGGCAGCUACAUUCAAAACUCGGAAAAUCCUGUUCUUAGCACCCUAAGGAUGGAGGCUUUCCUUAGGGCCUAUAAUCCUAACCCUAAACCUGACUACAGGCAGUCGCCUCUGCUUGCAGAAUCACUUACGAAUCUUCCGCCAGCGUUGAUACAAUGCGCAGGGUACGAUAUUCUCCGGGACGAUGCUUUCGCAUAUGCCGAAGCUCUUAAGGCUGCGGGUGUUGACGUUGAGAUAUACGGUUAUCAAGGUGUACCGCACUGUUUCCCUGCUGUUAUCCUGACCCAUCCUAGCACACCGAUAUUCUACAAGAGGUUUAACGGGUUCUUAACGAAGCAUGCUACUGCAUAG